CUUUCAACGGAACCGAAAGGAAAACUUGUUUUUAUUUCGUGGAAGAUUUUAACAUUUAGAUUUUAUUCUAAAAAGUUUGUUAAGAGAGGAGGACAGUGGGGGAAAUGGCACAGGGAACAAGAAACCCGAAUUAUUUUCUUGCUAUUCAAAUAACAAACGAAGAGAUCAAACAAAAUGUCAGGGCGAUUCAGAAGACAGUGCAAGCGAGGGAUAGAAGUCUAUCCUCCAUGAUGGAAUCAGUAGAGACACUUCAUCUGACGCUGGGUCUCUACUAUUUCAAAGAUGCACGGAGUGUUUCACGGUGUAAGGCUGCCCUGGACAGAUUCCACGGACAGUUGAGGUCAGAAAACUUUGCUCCCCCACGUCUUACUGUUUUAAAGUUGGGCCAUUUUUAUAAUAAAGUCUUGUUCGCGGCACUGGAAGACAACGAGGGGCUAGAAGACUUAAAAAUUCUUACGGAUGACGUAAGAGGGUCGCUCUCUAGGGACGGCAUUCGGACCACAGAUAACAGGUUUUCACCACAUGUCACCAUCUGCAAGAUUCCCAGAAACAGCUCGAAGACAAUUGAUCCCUCAUGCUAUGAUGGGAUGCAAUCCACAUACUUUGGAAGACAAACGAUAGAAAGUAUUCAGCUGUGUUCAAUGCAGAAACCCAAAACUGAAUCGGGGUACUAUCAUAUUGAUCACGAAAUCAGAUUCUAUUAGAGGAGAAAAACAGGAUACAUAUCUACAUUCAGUGUAUAUAUAUUUCCCUUCGGUAGGGAUUGGAAAUCUGUGACGUUUAUAUUUUUACACGUUAUUCCGCAUUUGAAAAGAUUUUAAAAUUAUUGCUUGGUUUAAUAAGCCUUUAAAUUUUUUAGCCUCGUUUAUAUGUAUAUUGUUGAAUACUGAUGACUAAAUGAAACAUGAAAAAUUUAUUUAAACAGCGCUAUUCGUGGCUGUUCCAUAUACAUUGACAACAUUGAUUAUAAUGAAUCGUACAAAGGAAUACUUUAAUCUAACAUUAGACCUGACUUAAAGGGCCGGUAUUGGUUUCUAGCUUUACAAAAAGCAUAUCAAUUUCCGUUCCACAUCUUGAUUUUAGGCGAUACACAGUAGACUAUUGGGCUCUAGUUCUCAUAAUGUAUAGUGAUUGAAAAAAAGUUUUACAGUCGUUGUCCGAGUAGUAUGAUUUAUGAAUUUUUUUUUUAGUUUUGUUUUCAGUUUACAUUCUAUAAUACGAUAUUCUAAUUAUUAUGCGUUUAUUUACAACCAAGGACAUAUGAGAACUAUGAAAAGUCUCGCGUGACGCGAUUUCAAAGGUCGGAAACCCUUUGACUCCUUGCGACAAAUGAUGCACGUCGCCUUAGUUUUUACAACAGAAAUAACAGGAUACAUGAUGUUUGUAGAUGUAGAAGGAUUUUACGAGGCGUUUGAACACUGUCAUUAUUCACUGUACAUUCAACUGAACACUUUUCUGUAUUAACAGCUGCAUACUUUGUAUAGGGGGACGUACCUGAGCCGGAAUGGCAAGGAGACGAAAAUUAGUAACUGACCCAUCCCCAUUUUUUUUAAAAUCCAUAAACUUUCCUCCUGCAUUUUUGGUUUAAAAAGUCACCACUGCACACGUUCUUUGCAAAGAACGAACUGCAUCUACUUUGCAGUACUUCUCACACUAUUUACUAUAGAUGUUCUGGAAAGACAAACGCAACAGUUUCAAGCUCGGCAUGAUUUUUGGGAAGUUGAUUUUAAUCAGCUCUCCUAUGCAGUUACCCGGGCAAACCGGAAGUGAAACAGUGUUUGGACUUACCGGUAAGCACCAGUCGUCACCACCGCUGACAAGACUUAGUUGUAGAAAAUAAUCAAUAAAUUCGAUGUAAUGUAUUC